AUGGAUAAUACCGGAAAACUCACAGAACUCAGCAAAAAUUACUCAAAAAAAGACUGUCCUAAACAUAUACUGUCAAAAUUUACAUCUCAAUCAAACAAAACUUAUUCUAAUUCUUUAUUAAAUUUACCGUCAUCAACACCUAAACAGAAAAGUAAAGAAGAUUUUUUAAAUAUUUCUUCAUUUAAAACACUUUCGUCAUAUUCAACAUCACCAGAAUCACCAACUACAGUAUCAUCUAAAGUAUCAUUAAUUUCAUAUCUUCAGUGUCCAUAUGAAACGGCACUUGUAAACUCAAGGCGUCGAAUUCCAUAUUCUUUUGGAACAAGCAAACCAGUAGAGGUAUUUGAACGACAAGUUAAACCAAACCUUUCAACAAAAAAUGAAGAUAUAAUAUGCGGUGAUAUAUUACAGCUUUACGAAACUCUUUUACCUUCUUCUGAAAAUAAUAAUCGUUGGACAAAAUUCCUCAAAAAAUUAACUACUAUUCUUGAAAAAGAAUGGCCUGACAAGAAAAUAACAGUGCAAGCAUUCGGUUCUACAGUAAAUCAACUUUGUACUAGUGAAUCAGAUGUGGAUGUUUGUAUAACUACAGUAGAAAAAGGACUUGCGGAUACAUGUAAAUUGGCAAAAGUUCUCGCUAAUUAUGGUAUGGAAAAAGUUGUAUGCGUUCCACGUGCUAAAGUACCAAUUGUAAAAGUAUGGGACCCUGAACUUUCUGUUGCAUGUGACAUGAACAUCAACAAUACAUUAGCCCUUGAAAAUACUCGAAUGAUUAAAACAUAUGUUGAAAUAGACCCUCGUGUGAGACCAUUAGCAAUGAUUAUUAAAUACUGGGCCAAAAAAAGAAUUUUGAACGACGCCGCUGGCGGAGGGACAUUGUCUUCAUACACUUGGAUAUGUAUGAUAAUUAAUUUUUUACAAAUGAGGAAACCCCCUAUUUUGCCAUCCCUUCAUCAACUUCCUCACGAGCAGAACGAAAAUAGUAUAAUUGGGGGUAUCGAUGUUAGUUUUUUUGAUGAUAUAGAUGCACUUAAAAGCUUUGGAGAAAAAAACACAGAAAGUUUAGGAGGCCUAUUAUUUGCAUUUUUUCGAAAAUUUGCAUAUGAAUUUGAUUAUGAUCAUUGUGUUAUAUCAGUUAGACAUGGUCACUAUCUUUCAAAACUAGCAAAAGGGUGGCAUUUAACUCAAAAUAAUCGUUUAUGUGUUGAAGAACCUUUCAAUACAAAAAGAAACCUUGGAAACACCGCAGACGAUGUAACAGUAAAAGGUCUUCAAAUCGAGUUUCGUAGAGCAUUUCAUCUUAUAGCAAAUCAUUAUGAUCUUAAAGAAGCCUGCUCUGACUAUAUUUUUACUUACGAGGAAAACAUUUAUAAAAUCAAUAAACAUUUGCGUCCUUUAUACUACCAAAUUUCACAACAUAGUCGUUCAAAUACUCCAUUACAUAUAAAAAAUGAAUCCUAUUAUAAAAAUAAUCAUAAUACUCGAAAAUUCCAAUAUCAACAAUAUUCAGAUUAUAUGAACCAUUUUAUAUUAAAUAAUUAUGGUGUUGAGUUACCUUACUUUUUUAAUCGACCAGAUAAAUCUGUAUAUUAUGAUUCAAAAAACAAUUCAUUUCUUUACUAUAUUUCAGGUGUUAAUCCUAAUGGAUUAAUAAGAUAUUAUCCUAUAACCAAGGAAAAUCAUAUACUUUCUUCUCAAGAUAUAUUAUAUCCAUAUUUCCCUUACUGGAAAAAGGAUUCACAAGAUCUCUAUAACUCUAAAGGGUUUGAUACUCAAAAAAGAAAAACAUCCUUAAAUUGUUCUUCAUAUACCAUUUCUCAUAAAAAAGAAGGGUCUGACAGUGAGGAUUCUAAUGACUUUUCUCCACUUAUGCCACUGUUUAUUCCUUUAACAAAAGAAAACUUUUCAUACGGAUUAACUGUUGCAGAAAAAAACGAACUUAAUGAAUUUCAUAAAGAAUAUAUAUCAAAUAUGGCUAACUCUUAUCAUACUGCAUGUAAAUAUCCCUCUGAAAAUCAAAUAUCUAGAUCAUCUCCAGAAACAGCCUCAUUAAAUAGAUUUUAA